GCGCGCUGCCGCAUUGCUAGCUUGCCCCAAGGAGCGGUUAGCGUCAGACCGCCCACUCGAUCGAGGCGCAGUUGUUGGCUAUCAGCGGGGGUCUGCCGGCGGGGGGCGCCGCCCCGGAGGACAUGGUGGACCACAGAACGGCGCGGGCGCAGGGGAAGGGGCCUGUGGGCGUGCUGGCCGCCCUGGUGGGCGUCUGCCUGCUGGCGGCGUCGCCGAUGCUGCUCUACCGCUCCGUGGCCUCGAUCACCCGCAGCCAGCAGCAGGUGCUGCAAGCUCUGCAGCAGUCACUAGAAGAGGUCAAGGUGGAGCGUGACACAGCCCGCACUUACUUGGAUGAAGUCAAAACGCAGCUGGAGGAGCUGCAGGGCAGCAUGGAGGUGCGGGUGAGGCAGCUGGCCAAUCUGUCUGAGGUGGCGGAGGACAUCAAGUUUGACCUGAACAGGCACAACAGCCAGUUCUCACCGGCAGACCGCAUCUCGGAGCAGCCGGCGGCGGCCAUAGUGCGUAUCGAUAGCAAGGGGCAAUACGUGGCCAGCCCCAGCCUGGUCAGGCUGCCCGGCGGCCGGCUGCUGGUGGCGCUAGAGAGGGCUGUGACGUGGGGUCAGACCAAGGAGACCACCAUGAAGCUCAUCUACUCCUCGGAGGACGGCGGCUCCUCCUGGCAGCGCGCCGCCGUCGUGGGGCCCAUGAACUGGCCGCAGAUCUUCAGCUGCGCCAGCGGCACCUACCUCAUGGGCACAGAGCGCCACUUCAGCCACAACAACAACCUGGUCAUCUCAAAGAUGCUGGACGACAAGGGCGCCAGCUGGUCUGUGCCCACCAAGCUCACAAAGGGACUCAGCGUGGUCAGCGCCAACACCGGGGUGGAUGUGUCUGGCGGGCGCGUCACCAAGGCUUUUGAAGUGAUCCCCAGCAUGGCAGAGCCGCUAGCCUCCACCAAGCUCACCAAGGCGCGGCGCGCAAGCGGGCGCCCGCCGCUGCCUUGCAGCGGCGGUGGUUGUGGAGAUCAAGGGCGGCGUGGAUGCCCCACCUGGGAGCACCAGCCCGUGCUGGAGCUGGAUGUGGAAAGCACGGCAGGCUUCAUACUCUACACCCUGGUCAAGGUGCCGUACGGCGACAAGGCCCUGUUCUUCAGGAUAGCCAAGAUCGACGCGGCGGCCAAGCGCAUCAGCGCCCGCCUCGAGCGCUUCAACAUGUUCUGGCAGAAGGAGCCGCUUUCGCUGGCGGCGCAGAGCACGCUGCAGGUCGCGUCGGGCGCCCAAAUUUACGGCGGCGUGGACUGGGUGGCUACGGCCAUGAACGCGGAUGAGACGGCGGACCUGCGUGACCCCGAGGCCUGGCAUCUGAGCGAGGGGGUGGGCAACCCAGCCAGCAUGUAUAGCCACGAGAUGCGGGCCCUGUUUGACGCCGCCUUCCGCGGGGACUCUAGCGUGCGCAAGUCCAUCAUCGGGUUUGAUGUGCCGGGGCUGGACACCAGCAGCGCGUGGGAGGCGGGCUUUGGCAGCCUGUACUGGAUGGAGGGGGUGGUGACGCGGCUGCAGGACAAGCAUGGAGGCAACAACAAGCUGCUGAGCAUCAUGCGGGUGAAUAACGACAUCCUGUGCGACCUGGCGGCGCUGGUGGAAUUUGACGACGCCAGCGUGGCGGCCGCCGCCGCCGCCAACGCCUCGGCCGCCUCUGCACGCCUCGCCGUGCGCUUCCUGCGCUACGCCUUCAUCCCGGGCCUGGGCGUGGGCCACCCCGCCAUCCUGUUUGACGCGGUGAGCUGCGGGGGGGGGCCUGUUACGCUGCGGUACGGUGGUAGCGGUACGGUGGUAGCGGUACGGUAUAUGGCAUGGUGUAAGACCCGGGAGGCUGCCGCAGGGGACGGCCGCGACCUGCUGGUGGUCAGCCGCGCCGCGUUUGCGCCCUGGGCCCGCGACUCCGACGCCGUGCUGAACGACUACUACAACAACCACAACUCCAACACCAUUGCAUUCCACAGGGUCAAGAACUUCCGGCACUAUGCCAACGUGGAGUGGGUGCGGUACCAGGGGCCCUACUCGCGGUACCCUCGCCGUACCGCCAUGAAGGACGAGGUGGAAAGCGCGGAGGCCAAGGCCUUUGCGGCGGGCGUGGCGGAGCGGCAAAAGGCAGCGGAUGCGGCGGCGGCCGCCGACGCCAAAGCCAAGGCCGCCGGCGGCGGCGAUGGCGUGGGCGCGGGGGGCGCGGCGGCGGCGGGAGGGGGAGGCGAGCAGCUGGCGGGGCUCGACGCGCCGGGCGGCACGCAGCAGCAGCAGCCGGCGCAGAAGGGCGGCGGGCGGCGCCGGCUGCAGGCGCAAUAG